AUGGUCUCCGACUGCUACGAUUAUAAUGAGGAACAAAAAGUGAAAGUUGCCACCGUUGAGUUCACCGACUACGCCUUAGUCUGGUCGGACCAAGUGAGAACCCAUAGGAGGAGAAUGGGAGAACCACGAGUCCGGACUUGGCGAGAGCUCAAGGCAUUGAUGCGUAAGAGAUUCGUUCCAAGCUACUACAAUCGAGAUCUCCACUCGAAACUGCAAACCCUCACUCAAGGCAACAUGAGUGUGAAGGACUAUGACAAGGAGAUCGAGAUGGCCAUGAUGAGGGCAAACAUUCAAGAGAAUGGUGAAGUGACCAUGGCCAGGUUUCUUAAAGGUCUCAAUCCUGACCUUCAGGAAGCCUUGGAGCUCCAACAUUAUGUGGACAUUCAUGACCUUCUUGAACUAGCCAUCAAGGUCGAGAGGGGAAAGAAAUUGAGGCGUGGGGCCCGUACCUUCCAAACUUCCAACUCACCUUCCUGGAAAGGAAACCUACCACGGAGAACAACCCAUGAAGCUGGAAAUUCGACUACACCCACUCCUUCUAGUCGAAUUCAAGGUAAUGCGUCUACCCGUAAUACCAAUUUUACCCCUAACAAAGCUGUUGAUGCAUCCAGAUCUACCUCUAAAGCACCACAUGAGACUCCUAAGACUAGGAGUAGGGACGUCAAGUAUUUUAAAUGUCAAGGGUUUGGACAUAUUCAGUCUCAAUGUCCAAACCAACAGAUCAUGUUAAUCACUCACAAUGGCGAGAUCGUGUCCGAUGAUGACGAUUGUGAGGAGAUGCCCGACUUGGUCAAAGGCGACUGCCUGGAAGAAGAUUCAGCUGAGGAAGAUUGCUUGCCUACACAAGGGAAAGUAGGUUGCUUGGUGGCACGACGAGUGCUAACCGCCAGAGUUAAGGAGGACGAGCAACUACAAAGAGAGAACUUAUUUUACACUCGCUGCAAAGUAGGUGACAAGGUGUGUAGCCUUAUCAUCGACGGUGGGAGUUGCACGAAUGUGGCGAGCUUACUCAUUGUUGAGAGUUUAGGGCUCCCAACUACUAGAUAUCCAUACCCUUAUCGCCUCCAAUGGCUAAGUGAGGAUGAAGAGGUACGUGUCUUCAAACAAGUACGCGUUUUCUUCUCAAUUGGUGCUUACACUGAUGAAGUCGUGUGUGACAUAGUGCCAAUGCAUGCUACACAUGUCAUCUUGGGGAGACCCUGGCAAUUUGACAAACACGUCACAUUCGAUGGAAGGGCAAAUAAGUACACACUUUUGCACGAUGGCAAGCGUAAGUUUAUCACACCACUCACACCUGCACAAGUGUAUGAGAACCAACUUAAGUUGCAAAAAGAGUGUGAACAGGACCGUCAAAGGAGGAAACAAAAGGCGGUCGACCCUGGCAAAAGCUCCACUUCUACAAGAUAUGUAGUGAGUUCACAGGGAAUCAAAGUAGACGAAUCCAAGAUUGAGGCCAUCAAGCAAUGGCCAACCCCAACAUCCGUCCAUGAGGUGCACAACUUCCAUGGAUUAGCAGGCUUCUACCGACGAUUUGUCAAAGACUUCAGUACCAUUGUUGCCCCAUUGACUGCCGUGACAAAAAAGAACGACAAAUUCCAUUGGGGAGAAGUCCAAGAACAAGUAUUUCUCACCCUCAAAGACAAAUUCAUACAUGCACCUGUUUUGGCAUUACCAAAUUUUAACAAGACCUUUGAAAUUGAAUGUGAUGCCUCUGGUGUAGACAUUAGUGCCGUUCUCAUGCAAGACAAGAUGCCUUGUGCAUUUUUUUAG